UUUAUUCUUCAGUGUUUGCUACGAACUCUGUGUUUCUCUCAACUUCAGCAAGACCUCUCCCACAACAGCAAGUUAAUGGCUCUACAAACAGUAGCAGGCUGAAAAAAAGCUCAAUGUCUCCACUGCGGUCUACAGGUACUUGCCAGCCUCCAACUCAUCAUGAGGGUAAACACAUGAACACCCAGCAAGAAACUGAGCAAAUGUUUCCCAAGUUGCUGCUCUCUUGGCUUUCUGAAGUGCAGAAAAGGCAUGGGGAGCCAUCCCAAACCCAGCAGGUGGUGACUUCUUGGGCUAAUCAUCAUCAGAAUGAAACAUCUGAAAGACAAAGAAAAAAUGAAAAACAUCUUUACUGUGUGCGCAAUAUGUAUUAUUUUUCCCUUCUGAACAUGGCUUUAUCCAAGAGACUUCUAGAAGAAAAUGGACAGUUUGAUCACAUCAGAAAACAGCAAACCCUUCAUGAUCUGAUGGAAUAUUUAUUUCCAAGUGAGCAUGAAGGAUCUGGAGUGAAUCAAAAAAGAAAGAUAGUGGGUGCAAAACAACAGGAAAUGCAUCAUAAGGACACCUCACAAAUAUUCAGAUUUCUAAAAGAAAAUAAGACAUUGAAGCAGGAGAAAGAGAAAGAACUUGUUGAAAUAAUAGAAGAUGAGAAAAAUAAUAUUACUCCCUUUACCAAAUAUGAAAUGAUUCCUGUGCCUUUAACUUUGGAAGAUGUUGCUCUGUACAAUCCAGUUUUGGAAGCCAAACUUUUAGGCAACUACUGGACAAACUAUGCUGACCAAGACCUCAUCAACAAUAAGGAAAAAUAUUAAUUAUAUAUGUGGUCCUAUACAAAUACUUUAUGGAUGAUCAUGUUUAGUCCUAUCAUUCCACCUUUUCUUUCCUUGCUUCUUUUCCUGUACUUAAAGCUGAAAAUUACUUUUGUUUAAUAAGAUUGUUCUUUAACAUUGAUUAGUGUAUAUUUUGCUUGGUUGAAAAGCUGAACAAUGACUUUCUUUUAAAAUCUUUUAAAAUCUCUUAUUAUUAUUAGC